ACGCACGCGCACACAAAACGCGGGAAAAUAAACCCAUAUCGGGUGUCGAGUUUCACGUCCACAUGUGCGAAAUUGACAACAUGGCCGCUUCCAGCAGCAAAGAAGAGAGAUGUAAAGGCAAUGAUCACUUCAAACAAGCAGAGGCUUACGGUAUUGGGUACACGCUAAAGAAAGGCAGAUUACAAGACGCCAUAGAGUACUACAAGAGAGCGCAAAGCCUUGCUUCAAACAAAGACGAACUCGCCUCGGCGUCCAAGAACCUCGCCAAAGCGAGUUGGAAGCUCGCUCAACUCUUCAGAGAAACAAGCGAUGGAAAUGUACUCGUGUUCUUUCAUUUAAGAACAGCUAUAAAAGCAUUUGAYGUCUCAUCACUUGAAGGAGAAGAGUGCAAAAGCGAAGUUUGGAGAGGCGAYAUUUGGCAGAGUUUUGCUUUGUGUAUUGAAGAAUUCCUCGACGCAAGCGACGAGAUUGAAGACCUCGACGAGCGAAUCAAAACCCUAAUGCCCAUGAUCGACAUUCUACAUGUGAACUUUUUCAUCGUUCAACUGCAUCUCAAGAUUGGAAACUCGUAUUUUCACGAUGGUGUGAAUAAGAUACAUGAUGGCGACUUCGCGCGGUGUUUGAGUCGAAUGAGGGACUGUUAUUACCCCAUACAGGAAGCAAAGCGACUUUCUGGCAACUCCGAUUACGAAGACUCCGAGAUCAGCGUGUUAGAAAAAGAUGUGUUCUACACAACAUGCACUGCCGAAUCGGUCCAAGCUCGAAAUUAUGGCUCACAGAUGCUGGAAACAGCGCUGAAAGAAGAAGAGAAUCUKAACAUGGACAUGGUCUGGAAUGUGAUAGAUUGGUACAAGAGAGCUGUCAUCCUCGCCAGAGAGCUUGACCUCGAGCAAGAAGCCAUUGCACUUGGCCGGCUUGGUCAUGUCUACAAUAAAGUCUUGAAACUAAGGCAGAGGUCUAAGACGUAUUACAAGAAGAGUUUUGAGUUGGUUGAGUCCAUGAAACCUCGCACCUUUUUCACUCAACCGUGGUACCAGGAAAUCGUCUCGACUUUACAGGAAUUCCAGAUAGAAGAACAACAGUGGGAUGAAAGAGAGAAACAGAAAGCAAGGGAAAAGAAACUGGAAGCGAUUAAAGAAGAGAUGGAAGAUUYGAARAAGAAUAACACAGGUAAAAUAGAUCUACUCAUCUACGUCUACAACACUUAUCCUCCAAAACAUGGAAAUUGGGAAAAGCCGAAAGAMGAAGAGAUCAAAACAUGGAAAGAAAUUGUUAAUAUUCCCGAUAAGAUCAAAGAAGUGGGYAAGAUUUUGAGGACUGCUUUGACGGCAUACCAUCCAGAUAAGAUUGACGAGGAGGAGCAUGGUGAGAAGUGGAAGACUCUUAGUGAAGAAAUCUAYAAACUAMUAUCUGCUCACUACGAGUCAACUAAACUCCACUUYGGAGAGUGAGUUUGUURUARACUGAUAUUUAAACAAUGUUAUUUAKAUCACUAAGUAAUGCUUUCUAAACACUUUUUUUCAACAAGUUUACAGUCAUUUGAAGAACACCAUGAGYGAAAUGUUUCUGGAAUGUUUGUCGCGAUGUAAAUAUUCCUAUGAAAGCUGUGUAUUGAUUUAACCAAAGAUAAACCUCGAAAAUUCCAGAUUUCAGGAACUAAAGGAUUUAUUCAAGCGACUGUAAGAAUAUCUGAGGGUUUAUAACAAAAUAUCUUCAAAAUAUUGAGAAUUAAAGUUUUUUGUAUUCACAUAUACUUCAGAGCAUUAUAAAAGAGUUAAAAGUUUGUAAACAGAAAUAACAAAGGAAUUUUCCRAGUUUUUAUGAAAAUAGAUUUGUCAAGGAAUAUAUAUUAUAAUUUGGAUGAAAAUUAUUAUUGAAAAGGAGAAGUGRCUUUGAAAACUCCAUAAUUUGAACCAAAUUCAACUAGUUUCACUUUGGUUGRAUUUGAAAAAYAUAAAAAGGUUUCUUUGCCAUUGUAUAUUACUUAAUGUUCRAGAUGUAUUAUUUUUAUAGUUACAGUUUUGAGAAGUUGUUAUAAAGGUUAAGUAAUACAAUUAACAAAAUUACUCAACUUUUCUUUCAACAUAUAACUUUUACCGAGUGGAAUAACAAUGUUGUUUGUCUCUUCUGUUUCAUAACAGAAAUGUUAUUCUGCAAGGUAAAAAAGUCUGAUGCAACAAGUACUUGGAACUCUGCUUUUUGUAACAAAAUUUAUUCAUAUUGUAGAUUCAGCAUCGGUUUCCAAACUGAAUGUUGCAAGACAAGUUGAGUAAUUUUGCAGUGUGUAUUUUGAUCUUAACGUUCACAGACCAAAUAAAUGACAAAAUAGAUUUGUAAAAUUGAUAUGAGCAUAGAAUAUGAAUAAUAUUAAUUUACUGUUUAUUGAUAUUAUUAAUCACUAGUCAUGUAAUCUGAUAAACAACUGAUUAAUG